AUGGAGACGGAAUCCAAGCCCUCGGAGAUGGGGACUCCCCGUUCAUCCUCCCUGUCGAGCCUCAGCGAUAGUGACAGCGACAGCGAGACAGCGAAGAAUCUCCAACGCCGCAGUAACGACUCCGAUAGCCAGACCAACAAUGAAGACAAGAUAGAAUGGCUGGCCACGACACGGAAGCGCCGUUCGACCGCCGGUAAUCGGAUGAAGUCGAUGCUCGCCAACGAAGAGCCCGAUUCAGACCUUGAACUAUUGUUCGCAGAGGAUGAGAACGACCAGGGCUUCUCUGACGUCGAUGAGAAUGCAUCGGACGUGCACAUGGACUCUUCUUCCGAUGACGAGGACAAUGACAACAACGAUGAUGAUCUGGAGGGCGAGAAGGAGCUCGAGAGACAGGCCAAGGAGCGGCGCGCCGCCCAACGGAAGCGAAAGGCCCAAGAGGCCAUCCCUGCAAAGUUUCGCAAGAAGGUUCGCAUCGAUCCCACGACCAAGACGCCUGCUGCACCCACGAGGCCCCCGCCGCGACCUAAGAAGAAAUCCGAGCGAACCUCGUGGCUGCCCUCACCGGCCGACCUACCGACCCGAGCGUCGUCCCGCCAAACGACCCGACUAUCCAAGGAGCAGCUUCACCAGCAGAUGGUGGAGCGUGAGGCACGUCGACUGAAGCAGGUCGCGCAGAUGCAGAAGAAGGCGGCUCGUCUCGAGGCUAUGAAGAAGCCACCCAUGACACAGGAGGAGAGGUUGCGCGAGGCGGCCAUCGUGGAGAAGCGCAACAGUAAGAGUCUCAACCGGUGGGAGAUGGCAGAGAAGCAACGCGAAGAGGAGAGACGGGCAAAGUUAGCGGCUUUGCAUCAGAGGACACUCAAGGGACCAUUCAUCACAUUCUGGAGCGGCAUCGGCGAGUGGAUGGGCAGGCACAUGGUGAUCGAGGAGCCGGCCAAGGAGAAGAGGAAGAGGGGUGAGAAGGCUAAGGGCAAAGAUAAGGACAGGAGCAAGGGCCAAGACAAGACACCUGCUGGUGAGGAGAAGAAGGACGGCAAUCAGGAUGGAACACCGGCUGCUGGCGAUGCUUCAUCCAAGGCCAAAGAUGAGGAGUCACAGCUAGCACAACAACCACCAUCAACGACUCCAUCAGAACCGGCUGCGGCAUCAGGGGCCAAGGAAGCUGAGCCAACACCCAAAGUCGGCGAUGCCGUUACAAAGCCAGCAGAUUCACCUUCAACGGUGCCGAAAACGACGCCUCCCACUCUCAAGGCUGAAGAACCUGUUCGGUCGAUGGCGAUGCCGCCACCACCUCCCCCUAGUGGUCUAGCCAUACUUGCUCCUCAACCUCCAUCAUCAACACCAACACCGCCGCCACCCUCUCCCCUCGCUCCCCCAACAAGUGGCCUCGCCGCUCCAUCUCCUCUUCCCGCUACCGCACCACCAGACACAACUCAGCAGUCCAUCAUGACUCCACCGUCAGGCCUCGCCCGUCCACCAGAACCGAAACCUUCUGGCGUUCUGGCAGCCCCUAUCCUGGCUCCCCCUCUCGGCAUAAGUGUCAACGGGGCGGUGCCUCCUAUGAUGGGCUUUAGCAACCCCAAAUCCAAUGUUCUUGCACCGCCGAAUACAUCCCAAGGUGUUGUCCCUCCCACCUUGUCGGCCAUCGCCCCUCCUCCUCCCUCCCUGUCCCCUCCAGUUACUGCUUCUCCUGCCCCAAAGCCUUCACCAGCGCCGGCGACUUCAUCAUCAACAACCGAUGCAGCUCCAAAAGACGCCCUUUCACAGCCUGCAUCCAAGCCUUCCGAUGUCCCCGCCAAAGACCCCAAUGUCGACCCUCCAGCUGCACUUAAUCCCCCUGAAGCUGAACCUCAACCACCUCAACCAUCAACCGGAGCUCGCAACGCCAUGGUUUUUCAAAACUUUGACAAUAACGCGCUUAAGGACCGUACCAUCCAAACUCAGAUCAUCUUUGGCCGAAAGAUGAACAAGCUACCCAAACCUUCACCCGCUCCACUCUGCGUCAUCACAAACCACCCUGCCCGUUACCGUGAUCCUCGCACUGGCCUCCCUUAUUACAACGCGUACGCGUACCGCGAGAUCCAGCGUCUCAUCCGGAACGAGUACCGCUGGAGCUGUGCCCUCAACGCUUGGGUCGGCAGCGGGACAUACGCGGCCAGGGGAGUCCCUGAGCGCUUCCUGAAUCCUCACAAGAAGGGUCCUGAGAAGAAGGAGCCGGCAGUUGGUGAUGAGACCAAGGGAGAGGCUGCGAAGACUACGGAUGUGGCACCCGCACCUAAGGGCCCUGAUGGGACGACUGGCGCUCAAGUUCCAGAGAACAAGACCAAUCCCGUCAAGGAAGAGUCAAAGCCAUCUCCUAUUUCCCAACCCGACACGGCCAAGGCCACUGCUCAGGUCAACACGGCUGCACCUGGCAACUUGGCACAACCCCCAACAGCUGGACCUUCAACCUCAAUCUCAGCCCCGGCUCCAGCCCCGGCUUCAGCUCCAGUUCUUACUCCUCCAACCUUUGCUCCCCAACCUCAGCUACAGGCUCCGACCAACCCCCCACCGACAACCGUGGGAACUGCGCCGACACCAGCUCAAGAGGCAAAAUGA